AUGGAGAGCGACCUCGGCUCCAGGUUCGUGCGUCUGUGUAACUACCUCCAGCAGCCGCGUCUGGUGGCGAGCUUCCAGAGGCUGUGCGGGGUCAAGGGGACAUUUGCGGACAGAGACAGAGACAGGGGCGAGCCUGUGGAGCCUGACCCCCGGGUUCAGAGGAGGCGGGUCCCGGGUGCUGCUGAUGCUCACAGCGGGGCACAGGAGGACAGCGCCCCGGGACCAGAGGGACCCCCAGAGGAUGAGGACACAGUCCGAGCCAAGCCCCUGCGCAGGAACUCUCUGACCGGAGACGUGGGGCAGGAGUUCCUCAUCCACAACAAGUUCCUCUUCUAUCUGUUCACUUUUGGGACAGAGCUCGGGAAUGAGAUGUUCUUCAUCAUCUUCUUCCCUUUCGUGCUGUGGAACGUGGACCCCCUAGUGUCCCGCAGGCUCAUCGUGGUCUGGGCCUGGAACCUGUUUGUGGGACAGUCCACUAAGGACAUGGUGCGCUGGUCCAGACCAGCAUCUCCUCCUGUGGUCAAGGUGGAGGUCUUCUACAACUCUGAGUACAGCAUGCCCUCCACACACGCCAUGACGGGCACUGCCAUCCCCUUCUGCCUCUUCAUGCUGACCUAUGGCCGCUGGGAGUAUCCGUUUGUGUUCGGCCUCAGCGUGGCUCUGCUCUGGAGCCUCCUGGUCUGUGUGAGCCGGGUCUACAUGGGAAUGCACUCUGUCCUGGAGGUGAUCACCGGCUUCUUCUUCACGCUGCUGAUUCUGGCCGUGCUGCAGCCGCUCUUGGAGAGUAUCGACACGUUCUACAUGUCGGGCCACUACGCUCCUCUGGUCAUUGUGGUUUCGCACGUGGGCUUUGGACUGGUCACCUUCUCGUUGGACACUUGGAGCACGUCUCGGGGCGACACUGCGCAGGCUUUGGGCACCGCUGCUGGGGUCGCUCUCGCCACUUAUGUGAGCUACCAUCUGGGUCUGCUGGAGGAUUACCCGCUGUCCUCCUUGCCUCUCGCGGUGCCAACCCUCAGCGCCGCCCUGGUGGUGAGAUCUCUGCUGCGUUUUGUCUUGGGCGUGGCCGUGCUGCUCCUCACCAGGAUGGGCAUGAAAGCAGUGACCGUGCCGUUCCUGUGCCGGAUGUACGGGCUGCCUUUGGACGACGUGCGGCAGGCGAGACAGCUGAUGCGAGUGGAGCUUCCGUAUCGCUACAUAGUCUACAGUGUGGUGGGCUUCAGCUGUGUGUCUGUGGUGCCUCUGCUCUUCAAUCUCCUACAUCUGGCCUAA